GUCACACUGUAGCGAAAAGUCAUAUGACUUGUGGAUCGAUAUAGAAAAAAUAAAGGUUGAAUUUUCUUUAGACGGCUGCAUUUGGAAAAGUCAAGUCGAAUCCAAUCCCAGCACUCCUCCAAUUACUGUAAAUAACUAACAACAGAAAACUAUCAAAGAUGAACAGCUCUGGAUUUAUGUUCAACAUUGACAACGGCUACUUGGAGGGCCUCUGCCGUGGAUUCAAGUGUGGCAUCCUAAAGCAGGCGGAUUACCUCAAUUUGGUGCAAUGCGAGACCUUGGAGGAUUUGAAGCUGCAUUUACAAGGAACGGACUAUGGCAGCUUUUUGGCCAAUGAGCCGUCUCCUCUAUCUGUCUCCGUCAUCGAUGACAAGCUGCGUGAGAAAUUGGUCAUUGAAUUCCAGCAUAUGCGCAAUCAUGCUGUUGAGCCCUUGUCCAAUUUCCUAGACUUUAUCACCUAUGGUUAUAUGAUUGAUAAUAUCAUUUUGCUGAUCACCGGAACUCUGCAUCAGCGUCCCAUUUCGGAGCUAAUUCCCAAAUGCCAUCCAUUGGGCAGUUUCGAGCAAAUGGAAGCCAUCCAUGUUGCCUCGACCCCGGCUGAGCUGUACAAUGCCGUGCUAGUGGACACACCACUUGCUCCGUUCUUUGUGGAUUGCAUUUCCGAGCAGGAUCUUGAUGAGAUGAACAUUGAGAUCAUUCGUAAUACCCUGUACAAGGCAUAUCUGGAAGCUUUCUAUAACUUCUGCAAGAAUAUGGGUGGUGCCACUGCCGAUGUAAUGUGCGAGAUUUUGGCUUUCGAGGCUGAUCGCCGUGCCAUUAUUAUCACCAUCAAUUCAUUUGGUACUGAAUUGUCCAAAGACGAUCGGGCCAAAUUGUAUCCCAACUGCGGUAAAAUGUAUCCCGAUGGUUUAGCCGCCUUGGCUCGUGCCGAUGACUACGAGCAGGUUAAGACAGUUGCCGAAUAUUAUGCGGAAUAUGCCGCCCUAUUCGAUGGCUCCGGCAAUAAUCCCGGUGACAAGACGCUGGAGGACAAAUUCUUUGAGCAUGAAGUCAAAUUGAAUGUCUACGCCUUUUUGCAGCAAUUCCAUUUCGGUGUAUUCUAUGCCUAUCUAAAACUGAAGGAACAAGAGUGCCGCAACAUUGUCUGGAUAGCCGAAUGUGUGGCGCAGAAACAUCGUGCCAAAAUCGACAAUUAUAUACCCAUUUUCUAAGCGGAUGGGCCGCCCCGGACAAAGAUACAAAAUAAUUAUUAUAUAAAAGUUAAAAAGUGUUUUCAUUUUUUGUCCAGUCCAAUAUUUUUUUUGUUUUUUUCUCGUUAUGCAAUUGUGUUUUCUUAAUAUUAUUUUUUUUUUCUCUCAAUGUAUAUUAUAUAUAUUAUGCUCCAGCCCUAUAUAUGUGUAUAUGUAUAUUUGUUACAAGUAUUAUUAUAAAACAAAAUUUUUAAACAUCUGUUGCGCUUGUAUUUGUAUAAACACACAAAAAACGAAACAAAUUCUUAACAAAAAAAAAACAAAAACACAAAUUCUGUUAAAAUCAAAGCCCAUGUUAAAUGAAAACAUUAUAAAUACCCCGAAUCAUUAUAUACAUAUGUAUGUGGAAUGUUGCAUAAAUCAAUUAUUAACAGAAAAACGAAAAACAUUCCUUUAAAUUAAUGUGGCUUAAAAUAUUCAAUCAGAUUCAAAGAGAUUGCAACUAUUACAAUAAAACUGUUAUUCAUUGAGUUAGAACAAAACAAAACCAAAACAAAGAACAUUUUAUCGCACACAUAAUCAAUCGAAAAACAUAUUAAUAAAUAGAACAGAAGAUUGUAAAGUACAACAUAUGUUAACAAUA